CGGAAGGGGUUACCUGUUGAAAACCCAAAUCCGUGCCCGCAUCGUGCGCUUUAAGCUCCCUGCCCUGUCUAUAGCAGGGUGGUGGCUGACGACGCACCCGCAAUAGCAAGACGAACAGGAUGACUCUCGCUGUCACUUACCUUGACUUUAUAAUCCCCAAUACCACGCCGACUCACCAUGCCCACACCAGCGAGCGCGCUAAGCUGCAUCACCUGUCGGGCGCGGAAGAUACGCUGCGACAAAACCCAGCCAUGUUCUGCGUGCACGCGCUCCGGCGUCGAGUGUAUCUUUCCUUCGCAACGUGCGCAGCGGCGCAAGCAGGGCCGACGCAAUGAAGAGCUUCUGCGGAGACUAGACCAUCUGGAAGGCCUCGUCGAAAGAUUGGGCGGCGAGGUCGCCGUCACCGCCAGAGCUGCAAAAGGCAAGCCUCUGGAGGAGCAAGCCGAAACCUCCGAGUACGCCGAGCAAUGGCUGGGUGGCUUGCCGCCGAGGGCAGGCCAAGGUGCACCGAAAGAGGAAGGGACGCAUCCUGUAAUGAAGGAGGACGGAGGGAGGUAUUUGAGCGAGGACUUUUGGACGAGCUUGAGUGGCGAGGUAGAGGGCUUGAGAGAACUUCUGAACGAGCCGUCAUCCGAAGAUGAGGAUGACUCGACUCGGGUGAGCGUUAACUCACCAGCCUCAGCAGACCCAUACGAAAGACGCCUCCUGAACAGUCUGUUUAUCUUCAGUGGCGACAUGGAGUCGGCCGAUCUACGCUGGGUCCAUCCGCCUGGUCCACAGAUCGAGAUGCUCUCCGAUGUCUAUUUCGACCGCAUCGAUCCCACCUUCAAAUUGUUGCAUAAGCCAACCGUCAACCCAUGGCUUCUAGCUGCUGCGGCAGAUGCAGCAAACAUCCCCCGGAGCGGCGGUGUAGAAGCAUUGAUGUUUGCCAUGUACUAUGCAGCCGUCAUUAGUCUCUCUGACGCCGACUGUCUUAAAGUGUUGGGCAAGGACAGGACAAAUUUGGCAGCUCAGUACAGGCACUGCACCGAGAUCGCAUUGGCAAAUGCGGAUUUCUUGAACAGUAAAGAACUCGAAACAUUGCAGGCGUUUGUACUUUAUUUGGUAUGCCUUCGCUGCCAUAACCGGACACGCUCCGUAUGGACCCUCGUCAGUCUUGCCGUGCGUAUCGCGCAAGAUAUGAAUCUCCAUCGUGACGGCGGAGUAACGGGUUUCUCCCCAUAUGAAACCGAACUCCGUAGGCGUUUGUGGUGGCAGAUAGUUGUCUUGGACAUCCGUGCUUGCGAAGACCGCGGUUCUUUCCCGUUAAUAGACCAGAGUGUCUGCAGCACAAAAAUGCCUCUUAACAUCGACGAUGACGACAUUAACCCCAGCACUCGAACAACGCCAAGGGAGAAGAUAGGUUGCACCGAAAUCACAUUCUCCAAGCUCUGUCAGGAGGCCUCAAUGGUCGCACCAAGGUUUUUCAGCCCUGUUCCGGCGGAUGUCAAUAGUGAUGAGAAACGGGAACAGUGGCAGAAGAACAUACAGCAGGAAGUUGAGACCUUCAAAGAGCGCCUGAUAAAUAAGUACGUCAAGCACUGUGAUCCCACGAUCCCGAUACAGCACACAGUUUCCCAGGUCAGCCAGAUUGUUGUCGCAGAAUUCUGGCUUCUGGUUCACUAUCCGAUCCAGACGCGUCGAUAUGCGUUCAAGAGCAACGCCACAAAAACGGAAAUCCUGGAAGUUGCCAUUAUGCAUUUGAGACUGGACUAUGAGCUAGUAACUCACCCUGUCACUACCAAGUACAAGUGGUACUACGAGACUUAUGUGCAGUGGCACCCACUUGCCGUUGCCCUUGCUGAAUUGUGCGUUCAGACAAGAGGUCCAGCAGUGGAUAAAGCAUGGGCGAUUGUGGACACGGUGUACGAACGAGCGAGGAGCAGAGUCACAGAUGUGAGCCUCUGGAGGCCAGUUAAGAAACUAUACCGGAAAGCGAGGCUUGCGCGCACUCAAGCUCUGCGCAAUGCCAGUGCAUGCAUGGGUGGUGAAAGCGCAGCGUCCACAAGGGCAAGAAGCGCAACCGCACCCGUUACCUGUCCCGGUACCACAGCGGGCUCCACCAUUCCGCGACUCCCACUCGAAAACUUCGACAUCAACACUACCGCCCCUAUGAAUAUGAACCCUUUUGCUAUUCCUUCCGAGCCGACACCACACAAUGCACCAGCUCAUGCAACAUCUUCAAGUUCGCACCCGCCGCUCCCACAAGGUCAAAUGCCGUUAGCUACAAUGCCGAUGUCAACAAGCCACGAAUUCAAUAUCAUGUCAGCAGAAAGCAUGGCCAACAUGAACCUAGACAGCUACGGAGAUCCGGUCAACUGGCAAGAUUGGGACGAGUUUGUCCGGAGCACAUGGGCCGUAGAGGAUCCGAACCAGCAAGACAAAACGAACACGCCGGAGUGGGAACUCGGGUAUUGGGGAUGAAGUUGAAAAUGACUUUCUUCCCUAAGGUCCUUCUUGCUUUGAUCUGGUUGGGCAUUAGACUUCCGUUUGCCAAGCAACAGGUGGCAACCUCGUCUUGAGUACUGGGAUAUUGUGAUAAGGUGGAGAGCUACGCAAGCAGUUGUCCUUAAAUUGCGGGCUGUCUAACACAUCUCAUGCUGCUAGAUCGGCCUGUUUAUGUUGGGUUCUUUUACUACUUUGUUUCUGUUUCCCGCGAGCAAGGUGUCUGGUGAAAACGGCGGGGUUUUUGAGCGGCG